GACACGGCCAGAGCACUGAGAGAUAUCAGGUAUUGAUGUAACUGAAGUGAAUAAAGGAACCUUCUUCCUGAGCACAGACAUUGGAGCCUGUUAUCAGCAUGAACUCAUAUGGGUUAGACAAACACGUGAAAAAUUCAUCUUCAUUCUUCACUACAGGAAGCAUCACAAUUAUACCACAGACUCCAACAUUUUUAGACUAUUCACAAACAUUUGGGAAAUCACAGCAGAUAUUUAAAGAAGUUGAUGAAUUGUCAGGAACUGGGCAGCAAUCAUUAUGUACAGAGAGUAAUUUAGUCAUCAAACAAGAGGACAGGAUUUAUGCCUUAUCUAGUGAAAUGAUUAUCCCAGAGGAUAAACCACAAACAUUUACCAAGCUUUCAAAAAAAUUUAAAGAAGAGAAAAGUGUACAGUCUAACCAAAUGAUUCAUACAAAGGAGAAACCUUUCAAAUGUACAGAAUGUGAGAAAAGCUUUAGAUGGAAGUCUCGUCUCCUAGAACACCACAAAAUUCACACAGGUGAGAAGCCAAACACAUAUCCUGAGUGCGGAAAAUGUUUUACACAAAAGAGUGAUCUGAAAAAGCAUGAAAAUAUUCACACGGGAGAAAAGCCUUUCACAUGUACAGAGUGUGGAAAAAGUUUUACACGAAAGAGUAGUCUGAAAAAACAUGAAAGGAGUCACACAGGAGAAAAACCUUUCACAUGUACAGAGUGUGGAAAAAGUUUUACACGAAAGAGUAGUCUGAAAAAACAUGAAAUGAUUCAUACAGGAGAAAUGCCUUUCACAUGUACAGAGUGUGGAAAAAGUUUUACAUAUAUGAGUAAUCUGAAAACUCAUGAAAGGAGUCACACAGGAGAAAAGCCUUUCACAUGUACAGAGUGUGGAAAAAAUUUUACACAAAUAAGUAAUCUGAAAUAUCAUGAAAGGAGUCACACAGGGAAAAAGCCUUUCACAUGUACAGAGUGUGGGAAAAGUUUUACACGAUUGGAUCAUCUGAAAUCUCAUGAAAGGAUUCACACAGGAGAAAAGCCUUUCACAUGUACAGAGUGUGGAAUUUUUUUUACAGAAAAGAGUAAUCUGAAAACUCAUGAGAGGAUUCACACAGGAGAAAAGCCUUUCACAUGUACAGAGUGUGGAAAAUGUUUUACACAAAUAAAUAGUCUGAAAACUCAUGAAAGGAGUCACACAGGAGAAAAGCCUUUCACAUGUACAGAGUGUGGAAAAAGUUUUACACAAAUAAGUAGUCUGAAAUAUCAUGAAAGGAAUCACACAGGAGUAAAGCCUUUCAAAUGUACAGAGUGUGGAAAAUGUUUUACACAAAUAAGUAGUCUGAAAACUCAUGAAAGUAUUCACACAGGAAAAAAGCCUUUCACAUGUACAGAGUGUGGAAAAAGUUUUACACAUAUGAUUUAUCUAAAAAAUCAUGAAAGGAUUCACACAGGAGAAAAGCCUUUCACAUGUACAGAGUGUGGAAAAAGUUUUACACAAAAGAAUAAUCUGAAAAAACAUGAAAGGAUUCACACAGGAGAAAAGAUGUUCACAUGUACAGAGUGUGGAAAUAGUUUUACACAAAAGAGUGAUCUGAAAAAGCAUGAAAGGAUUCACACAGGAGAAAAGCCUUUCACAUGUACAGAGUGUGGAAAAAGUUUUACACAAAUAAAUAGUCUGAAAUAUCAUGAAACGGGUCACACAGGAGAAAAGAUGUUCACAUGUACAGAGUGUGGAAAAAGUUUUACACAAAAGAGUCAUCUGAAAAAACAUGAAAGGAUUCACACAGGGGAAAAGCCUUUCACAUGUACAGAGUGUGGAAAAUGUUUUACAUAUAUGAGUAAUCUGAAAUCUCAUGAAAGGAGUCACACAGGAGAAAAGAUGUUCACAUGUACAGAGUGUGGAAAAAGUUUUACACAAAAGAGUCAUCUGAAAAAACAUGAAAGGAUUCACACAGGGGAAAAGCCUUUCACAUGUACAGAGUGUGGAAAAUGUUUUACACAAAUGACAAAACUUAUAGCUCAUGAAAGGACCCACACAGGGGAGAAACCAUUUAACUGUACAGAGUGUGAAAAAAGUUUUACACUAAAGAGUAGUCUGAAAACUCAUGAAAGGAUUCACACAGGAGUAAAGCCUUGCACAUGUACAGAGUGUGGAAAAAGUUUUACACAAAAUAGUAGUCUGAAAAAGCAUGAAAGGAUUCACACAGGAGAAAAGCCUUUCACAUGUACAGAGUUUGGAAAAUGUUUUACACAAAAGAGUAGUCUGAAAUAUCAUGAAAGGAGUCACACAGGGAAAAAGCCUUUCACAUGUACAGAGUGUGGAAAACGUUUUACAUAUAUGAGUAAUCUGAAAACUCAUGAAAGGAUUCACACAGGAGAAAAGCCGUUCACAUGUACAGAGUGUGGAAAAAGUUUUACACAAAUAAAUAAUCUGAAAACUCAUGAAAUGAUUCACACAGGAGAAAAACCUUUCACAUGUACAGAGUGUGGAAAAAGUUUUACACAAAUAAAUAAUCUGAAAUAUCAUGAAAGGAGUCACACAGGGAAAAAGCCUUUUACAUGUACAGAAUGUGGAAAAAGUUUUACAUAUAUGAGUAAUCUGAAAACUCAUAAAAGAAGUCACACAGGAGAAAAGCCUUUCACAUGCACAGAGUGUGGAAAAAGUUUUGCACAAAUAAAUAGUCUGAAAUAUCAUGAAAGGAGUCACACAGGAGAAAAGCCUUUCACAUGUACAGAGUGUGGAAAAAGUUUUACUGAUAAGGGUAAUCUGAGAAAACAUGAAAGUAUUCACAAGGGAAGAAACCUUUCACAUGUUUAGAAAGUGGCAAAAAGAUUUUUAUUGAAGUCAGGUAUCACAAAACACCAAAUAUUUACACACAAAUACAUUUUAUAUACACAGUGUACAAACCUCUUUACAAUUAUCCUAAAGAGUACAAACUCUCUAAAUAGAAGCAUAAAAAUGAUCCUAUUAUAAAUAAUACUUUCUUAAUCCCAGUUAUAAAAGCCCCAGAUUAGAAGAGCUCUUUUGCUGUCCUUUGUUCAUCUUUAUAUGUGCACCUCAGUUUCUCUUAGAUAAAUGUGAUAGAAUCCAAACACCAAACAGGAAUUUACAGAUCUGUCCUCAUACUGACCAGU